AUGUCGGAAGGAGCAGCGCCCAGCAGUCAGGACGAUGCACUAAAGGACACAUUCCGCAUCUUGCUGGCAACCGACAAUCACAUUGGAUUUGAAGAAAAGGAUCCGAUUCGAGGACGUGAUUCUCUGCUGGCCUUUGAAGAAAUAUUAAAGAUUGCUCAAGAGAAAAGCGUUGACUUGAUCUUAUUGGGUGGCGACCUCUUUCACGAAGCUCGACCAUCUCGCCAAAUGAUGUUUGAAACUAUGGGAUUGAUGAAGCAGUUCUGUAUGGGGAAUAGGCCGGUUUCGUUUGAACUGCUUAGUGAUGAGAAGGAGAUGCUGGGAUCCAAAUAUGUCCAUGAAGCCAACUACAUGAGUCCAAAUGUAAACAUAUCUAUACCCAUCUUCACUAUUCAUGGAAAUCAUGACGAUCCUGGUGGUGACGGUCUAUGCGCAUGUGACCUACUAGCAGUCAACUCCCUAGUCAACUACUUUGGCAAACAAGACGUUGUCGAGAACAUCCAAGUCACUCCUCUUCAACUCAAAAAGGGAGACACAUAUCUCGCAUUGUUUGGCAUGGGUCAUAUACGAGAUGAGCGAUUGCAUCGUGCUUUUGCGCUCAACAAGGUCACUAUGAUGAGACCUAUUGAUCAUAAGGACGAUUACUUUAAUUUGAUGAUACUUCACCAGAAUCGAGCAAAGCAUGCAGCCAAGAACUAUAUCCCAGAAAACUUUAUUGACGACUGGAUUCAUUUGGUCAUGUGGGGCCAUGAACAUGAAUGUCUGAUUGAACCUGUAGGAUCUGCUACUGGUGAUUUCCAAAUCAUUCAACCUGGAUCUUCAGUUGCCACUUCAUUGGCAAUUGGAGAAGAGAAACCAAAGCAUGUUGGAAUUCUUCACGUAAGAGGCAAAGAUUUCGAGAUUGAACCUAUACGUCUCAAAUCAGUCCGUCCGUUCGUCAUGGAAGAAAUCGUCUUGGCUGAUGAGCCAGAGCUCAAGGGCACGGUCUCGAACCAUGCUUAUGACGAUAACAAAGUCGUGAAGGUGGAAAAGAUGGUUGAGUUUUUGAGGAAAAAGGUCGACAAUUUGAUUGCAAAAGCCAAGCGAGAUUGGUUGGAGUUGAAUCCAGACAAGGAGGAAGAGGAUGUUCCUCUACCGCUCAUUCGACUCAAGGUUGAAUACUCUGGUGGAUUUGAAAGCUAUAGUGGUGCUCGAUUUGGAGGACUCUAUGCUGGAAAAGUUGCGAAUCCUUCUGAUAUUCUACUCUUCCACCGUGCUCGUUCUACUUUUGAUAGUGUCGGUACUGCUCGAGCUCGCAGCAAGAAACAGGAACCCACAGUCCCACUCCUUCCAAAGGAAGCAGUACUCAAAGUCGAGGAUGUAGUCUUAGAACAUCUACAAACUCAGAAAAUGACUGAGCUUCCCGAGAAUCUUGUCAUCAAAGCUGUUGGUGAAUACGUUAAUAAGGGUGAUAAUGAUGCUUUCAAAGACUUCUUUAAGAAAACAAUCAACUACACUGUUAAAAAGAUAAAGGAUAAUCAAGAGGCAGUUGGUUUUGAUAAUGCAGCCUUUCUCAACAUGGUUGAACAAGCACGUAAGGACAAGUACGACGAAGAAGAUCCCGACAAGUCGCCAGCUCGCCCCCGGCAAGCCAAGCGCAAACAUCAAUCGAAUGAUACAGAUGAAGAUGACGAUGAACAAGACGAUGAUAAUAAUGAUCAACAACGUAGAGGUAGAAACGAUGAUGAUGACGAACAAGACGACGGACCAACCCUACAACGUCGCAAGAAACGUACUUCUACACCGACUGUUGAUAAGAUGGAUGUCGAUGGGUCUGAUGAGCCUGAAGAUGACUUUUUGGUUGACGGUGAUGCAACACGUCGAAAAGCCAACCCUGGUGCAAGUGGUAGUAGUACACGUGGACGUGGUCGUGGUCGUGGAGGGAAGGCUGGAACAUCUCGGGUUGGUGGUACUGCUGCUGCAAAGAGACGGAAACGAAAGGAUGAUUCAGAAGAGGACACGGAUAUUGAUGAUGAGUUUGAUAUGAAGCAGGAAGAUGAGGAGGAGGCAGAUGAGACUCCUAAACCACCACGAGGAUCUCGAGCGUCAUCUGCAACAACAACAAAGAAACCCGCUGCCACAAAAGCGACCAAAACUCGUCAAUCAACUCUAUCAUUUGCACCUUCACAAGCACCUAUAAUGAUAGAUGACGACGAUGAAGACUUUGAGGACGAUCCAGAUAGGAUUCCUUCAACAGCUGCUUCCACAAACACAUCAACUACAGCAAGCAGCAAAGCAAAGGGUAAAGGUAAAGCUGCUCCUAGUAGCAGUGUCAAGUCUUCAACUUCUUCAAAGAAACCACCACCGCCAGCUCCACCAUCAAGUGGUAGAUUAGCGUUUUUGAAGGGUCGAUGA